AGUUAAAUGGGGCAGUUGGAGAGGAAGGCUCCAGGCAGGUGUGUCAAGAGAAGCUGAAGCUGAGUGAGCAUCUCCAUCUGCUGCAGAGUGAAAGCCGUCCUCAGCUAAGAGCCCAGGGCUCCAGAGUGCCAUCAGGAUGGUGGGUGAAGGCCCUUACCUUAUCUCGGACCUGGACCGGCGAGGUCAGCGGAGGUCCUUUUCAGAGAAAUAUGACCCCAGCCUCAAAACCAUGAUCCCAGUGCGACCCUACGCAAGGAUGGCGCCCAACCCAGUGGAUGACGCAGGGCUGCUCUCCUUUGCCACCUUCUCCUGGCUCACACCGGUGAUGGUCAAGGGCUACAGGAACACACUGACUGGGGACAGCCUGCCCCCGAUGUCUCCCUAUGACUCCUCUGACACCAACGCCAAAAGGUUUCGAAUCCUUUGGGAUGAAGAGGUGGAAAGGGUGGGUCCUGAGAAGGCCUCCCUGGGCCAAGUAGUUUGGAAAUUCCAGAGGACGCGGGUUUUGAUGGACAUUGUGGCCAACAUCCUGUGCAUAAUCAUGGCAGCCUUAGGGCCGACGGUUCUCAUUCAUCAAAUUCUCCAGCACACCGAGAACACUUCCGGGAAAUUCUGGGUUGGCAUCAGCCUGUGCAUAGCCCUCUUUGCCACCGAGUUCACCAAAGUCCUCUUUUGGGCCCUGGCCUGGGCCAUCAACUACCGCACGGCGAUCCGGUUGAAAGUGGCUCUCUCCACCCUGGUUUUUGAAAGCCUGGUGGCCUUCAAGACACUGACACACAUUUCAGUUGGUGAGGUGCUCAACAUACUGUCAAGUGAUAGCUAUUCCUUGUUUGAAGCUGCCUUGUUUUGUCCCUUGCCAGCCACCAUCCCUAUCCUAAUGGUCGUUUGUGCUGUGUAUGCCUUUUUCAUUCUGGGGUCCACAGCUCUCAUUGGAAUAUCUGUGUAUGUCAUAUUCAUCCCCAUCCAGAUGUUUAUGGCAAAGCGCAAUUCCGCUUUCCGAAGAUCAGCAAUUUCGGUGACAGACAAGCGUGUUCAGACAAUGAAUGAGUUUCUGACCUGCAUCAAGCUGAUUAAAAUGUACGCCUGGGAGAAAUCUUUCACAAACACCAUUCAAGAUAUAAGAAAGAAGGAGAGGAAGUUGCUGGAAAAAGCUGGAUAUAUUCAAAGUGCGAGCUCGGCGCUGGCUCCCAUUGUGUCUACCAUAGCCAUCGUGUUGACAUUCACCUGCCACAUCCUCCUGAGGCGCAAGCUCAGCGCCUCUGUGGCAUUCAGCGUGAUCGCCAUGUUUAAUGUAAUGAAGUUUUCAAUUGCAAUCUUGCCUUUCUCGGUCAAAGCAAUGGUGGAAGCCAAUGUCUCACUAAGGAGAAUGAAGAAAAUUCUCAUAGCCAAAAGCCCCCCAUCUUACAUCACCCAACCAGAAGACCCAGGCACUAUCUUGCUUUUAGCAAACGCCACCUUGACAUGGGAGCAAGAAGCCGGUGUGAAAAGUGACCCAAAGAAAGUGCAGAACCAGAAAAGGCACUUUUUCAAGAAACAGAGGCCAGAGGUAUACAAAGAGCAAAAUCCAUCUGCCCAGGGCAUUGCCAGCCCUGAGGAGCAAAACGACAGCCCCAAAUCGGUUCUGCACAACAUAAGCUUUGUGGUGAGAAAGGGCAAGGUCUUGGGGAUAUGUGGGAAUGUUGGGAGUGGAAAGAGCUCCCUCAUCGCAGCUCUCCUGGGACAGAUGCAGUUACAAAAAGGAAUCGUGGCAGUCAAUGGGAGUCUGGCCUAUGUUUCACAGCAAGCCUGGAUCUUUCAUGGAAAUGUGAGAGAAAACAUCCUAUUUGGAGAAAAGUACAAUCACCAAAGGUACCAGCGCACAGUUCGUGUCUGUGGCCUCCAGAAGGACCUGAGCAGCCUCCCUUAUGGAGACCUGACGGAGAUCGGGGAGCGUGGUCUCAACCUGUCUGGUGGGCAGAGGCAGAGGAUCAGCCUGGCCCGUGCUGUCUACUCCAACCGUCAGCUCUACCUGCUGGACGACCCCCUGUCAGCCGUGGACGCCCAUGUGGGGAAGCACAUCUUUGAGGAGUGCAUUAAGAAGGCUCUCAGGGGGAAGACUGUCGUCCUGGUGACCCACCAGCUGCAGUUCCUGGAGUCUUGUGAUGAAGUCAUUUUGUUAGAAGAUGGAGAGAUUUGUGAAAAAGGGACCCACAAGGAGUUAAUGGAGGAGAGAGGGCGCUAUGCAAAACUGAUUCACAACCUCCGGGGGCUGCAGUUCAAGGACCCUGAGCACAUUUACAAUGCAGCCAUGGUGGAGGCCCUGAAGGAGAGCCCUGCUGAGAAGAGGGAAGAUGCUGUUUUGGCCCCAGGAGAUGAGAAAGAGGAAGGCAAAGAAUCUGAAACUGAGUCAGAAUUUGUAGACAAAAAAGUGCCGACGCACCAGCUCACCCAGACCGAACCCUCCCGCGGAGGAGCCGUGACCUGGAAGACAUAUCACACAUACAUUAAGGCUUCUGGAGGGUACCUCCUCUCUCUCUUCACGACGUCGCUCUUCUUCCUGAUGAUCGGCAGCUCUGCCUUCAGCAACUGGUGGCUGGGUCUCUGGCUGGACAAGGGCACCCAGAUGACUUGCGGGCCUCAGGGCAACAAGACCUUGUGCGAGAUUGGCCAGAUCCUGGCAGAUGCUGGGCAGCACAAGUACCAGUGGGUGUACAUAGCCAGCAUGGUGUCUAUGCUGGUGUUUGGGAUCAUCAAAGGCUUCAUCUUCACCAAGACCACGCUGAUGGCAUCCUCCUUGCUGCACGACAGAGUCUUCGACAAGAUCUUGAAGAGCCCGAUGAGUUUCUUCGACACAACUCCAACUGGCAGGCUAAUGAACCGUUUUUCCAAGGAUAUGGAUGAGCUGGAUGUGAGGCUGCCGUUUCACGCCGAGAACUUUCUACAACAGUUUUUUAUGGUGGUGUUCAUUCUCGUGAUAUUUGCUAUUGUGUUUCCUGCUGUCCUUCUGGUCCUGGCUGGCCUUGCUGUAGUCUUCAUCAUUCUUUUAAGCAUUUUUCACAGAGGAGUCCAGGAGCUGAAGAAGGUAGAGAACAUCAGCCGGUCACCUUGGUUUUCCCACAUCACCUCCUCCAUGCAGGGUCUGGGUGUCAUUCAUGCCUACGGCAAGAAGGACGACUGCAUCCAUAAGUUUAAGGUGCUAAAUGAUGAAAACUCCAGCCACCUUCUGUACUUUAACUGUGCUCUCCGGUGGUUUGCUCUGAGAAUGGAUGUCCUCAUGAAUAUUGUCACCUUCAUUGUAGCCUUGUUGGUGACCUUGAGUUUCUUCUCAAUCAGUGCUUCAUCGAAAGGCUUGUCAUUGUCUUACAUCAUCCAGCUAAGCGGACUGCUCCAAGUGUGUGUGCGAACAGGAGCGGAGACCCAGGCCAAGCUCACCUCUGUGGAGCUGCUAAGGGAAUAUAUUUUGACCUGCGUUUCUGAAUACACUCGUCCCCUCAAAGUGGAGACCUGUCCCCAGGACUGGCCUAGCCGUGGGGACAUAACCUUCCAGGACUAUCACAUGAGAUACAGAGACAACACCCCACUCGUGCUCAACGGGCUGACUUUACACAUAGAGAGUGGGCAGACUGUGGGGAUUGUCGGACGGACGGGUUCCGGGAAGUCAUCGCUGGGAAUGGCCUUGUUCCGCCUGGCGGAGCCGGCCAGCGGCACGAUCUUCAUCGACGAGGUGGAUAUCUGCACCAUCAGUCUGGAAGACCUCCGAACCAAGCUCACUGUGAUCCCCCAGGAUCCUGUCCUGUUUGUAGGUACAGUAAGGUACAACUUGGAUCCCUUUGGGACUCACACUGACGAGACGCUCUGGCAGGUUCUGGAGAGGACGUUCAUGAGAGACACAAUAAUGAAACUCCCGGAAAAAUUACAGGCAGAAGUCACAGAAAAUGGGGAAAACUUCUCAGUAGGAGAACGUCAGCUGCUUUGUAUGGCCCGAGCACUUCUCCGUAAUUCAAAAAUCAUUCUCCUGGAUGAAGCCACAGCCUCCAUGGACUCCAAGACGGAUGCCCUUGUCCAGAGUGCCCUCAAGGAUGCCUUCCGGGGCUGCACGGUGCUGGCCAUUGCCCACCGGCUGAACACGGUUCUCAACUGUGACCGCGUGCUGGUCCUGGAUAGUGGGAAGGUGAUUGAGUUUGACAAGCCUGAACUCCUUGCAGAGAACCCCGAUUCUGCCUUCGCGAUGUUACUAGCAGCAGAAGCUGGAUUGUAAAGGUCCCUGCGGCCGCUUGAAGAGAGGAGGAAUAGCAGAAGGAGGAGGAGGAAGCAGAGAAGGGGAAGGGCGGGCAGGAGGGUGAGGGGAGAUGACUAUACAAGGGGAGGCCGCAAUCUCAGCAGCAGUCUGGCCACCAUCUCCAUGGAGCAGGCUGAGCUGGGGGUGAGGCUGGGCACCCCCUGCCUUGCGGGCUCUGUUGGGCUCUAGGGGUGAGCAGAGCCUAAUAUUAAAAAACCGCCCGCACCUCCUAGAAGCCAAAGACUCUCCGUGUCCCCUCCAAUAGCACCUCAACCCUGACAUGGAAACGUUGUCACCUUCUCUUGGAAAGAAGUCAAAGCAAAGGAUGGGAAGAUGCCUGGGACGGAGUUAGCCAGGUGCUCUGGCCUUGAUGUCAGGAGAAAGAGCAGAGCUUUCUUUCUGUUAACUUCCCUUCACUUCUGUCUUGACGGCAUGACAAGCAAUGACUGGCUACACAGAUCUGUAGCAUGAAAGACUGAUUAUAGUGUUUGAAAAAAAUUUUUUAAAAAAUCAUAUUGUAUGUUUCUGUUGAUCUAUUAAAAUAACCAGGAAAACAAAAUGCUGGAGUUUCUCUAUAAAUAACAUUUUGAUAUCUUCUUUGUUGGUCAUUAAAGUGCAACAGGAAAUUAAGCUA